CUGUUCAGUGGUUUCAGACACCAUACAGAGCAAACAAAGCAGAAGCAGGAAAAGUGAAGCUGAGGAGAAGAUGAGUCUUAUUGUGGAGGAGAGGGAUGAAGCAGAGUCUCCAGGAUCAAGAUGUGUAUCUAUGAAGAACGACUGGUCCAGAUUUGAGCCUCUGUCAUUCAGUUCUGAACCUGGAGCCUCAAAUACAAAAGGUCAGAACCACAAGCAAAGAGCAGAACCUCCAGGACCCAGCUGUCUGUCUAUGAAGAGUGACUGGUCCAAAGAAGAGCCUUGGGAGUUCAGUAAUGGACCUGGAGCCUCAGACUUAAAAGGUCAGAACCACAGGCGAAGAGCAAAACCUCCAGGACCCAGCUGUCUGUCUAUGAAGAGUGACUGGUCCAACGUUGAGCCUGUGGAGUUCAGUAAUGGACCUGGAGCCUCAGACUUAAAAGGUCAGAACCACAGGCAAAGAGCAGAACCUCCAGGACCCAGCUGUCUGUCUAUGAAGAGUGACUGGUCCAAAGAAGAGCCUUGGGAGUUCAGUAAUGGACCUGGAGCCUCAGACUUAAAAGGUCAGAACCACAGGCAAAGAGCAGAACCUCCAGGACCCAGCUGUCUGUCUAUGAAGAGUGACUGGUCCAAAGAAGAGCCUUGGGAGUUCAGUAAUGGACCUGGAGCCUCAGACUUAAAAGAGAAGAGUUGGAGUCAUGUUCCUGUGGAGGAGCAGCCGUCCUGCUGUGUUGUGUGUCAAGAGGUUCUGAAGGAACCAGUUCAGUUCAGACAGUGCAUCAUCUCAUACUGGGACCAGUGUGGACCAUCAGGAAACGUCGCCUGUCCCCAAUGUGGACAUAGAAUCAGAACAAGAGCUGAACUGCAGAUCGGUCGUCAGACCAGCACAGUUCAAACAGAUGUUGCUCUGCAGGAGGCUUUAGAUGAACAUAAGCUCAGUCUGAGGAGCAGAUGUGAACAUGUGACUUAAGGAGUUGAAACAGGAAGUGCAGUCCUCCUCACCACAAUCUACACUGAGCUCUACAUCACAGAAGGAAAGAGUGAAGAGGUAAACACCCAACAUGAGGUGAGGCAGCUGGAGACAGCUUUCAAGAAUAAGACCCCUCAUGAGGCUACCAUCAAGGUCCAUGACAUCUUUAAAGCCUCCUCUGACCCACACGAACCCAUCAGACUGGUUCUGACCAACGGCGUCGCUGGAGUUGGAAAAACCUUCUCUGUGCAGAAGUUCACUCUGGACUGGGCAGAGGGCCGGGAAAACCCAGAUGUCAGUGUGCUGGUUCUGCUGUCAUUCAGGGAGCUGAACCUGGUCAAAGAUGAGCAGCACAGUCUUCUCACGCUGCUCCAUGUUUUCCAUCCAACGCUCCAGAAGGUCCCAGCAGAGCAGCUCGCUGUCCUGAAGCUUCUGUUAAUCUUUGACGGCCUGGAUGAAAGCAGACUCUCACUUGACUUCAGCCACAGGGAGCUGGUGUCUGACAUCACACACAAGUCAUCGGUCAAUGUGCUGCUGACCAACCUCAUUCAUGGGAACCUGCUUCCUUCGGCUCUGGUUUGGAUCACUUCCCGACCCGCAGCGGCCCAUCAGAUCCCUCCUAUGUGUGUGGACAGGGUCACAGAAGUACGAGGCUUUACUGAUGCCCAGAAGGACGAGUACUUCAGGAGGAGAUCCAGCCAAGAGGAGCUGUCCAGCAGAAUCAUCUCACACGUCAGGACGUCCAGGAGCCUCCACAUCAUGUGUCAGGUCCCAGUUUUCUGCUGGAUCAUUGCUACGGUUCUGGAGCACAUGUUGACUACAGAGCAAAGAGGAGCGCUGCCCAAAACCCUGACGGACCUGUACUCACACUUCCUGCAGGUUCAGACGAAGAGGAAGAGGAACAAGUACCAUGAGGGACAUGAGACGAGUCUACAGGAGCUGACUGAGGCUGAAAGGGAAGUUCUCCUGAAGCUGGGAAGGCUGGCGUUCAAACAUCUGGAGGAAGGAAAAAUCAUGUUCUACCAAGAAGACCUGGAGCAGUGUGGUCUAGACAUCACAGAGGCCUUGGUUCUUUCAGGAGUCUGUACAGAGAUCUUCAGAAGAGAGAGUGUGAUUUUUCAAAAAACAGUCUACUGCUUUGUUCAUUUGAGUGUUCAGGAGUUUCUGGCUGCUGUUCACAUGAUGCAUUGUUACAUUAACAGGAAGAUGGAGGAAGUGGAGAACGUCCUAGAAACCUCCAAACAUGAAGAAUCAUUUCUUAGAAAGAUUAAACUGUGGUUUAAAAGGAGUCAAAGCACAGAUAAUACUCCUCCUGAAACUUUUUUAUCUCUGGAUGUUGUCCUGAAUAGAGAAAUUAAUAAAUCCCUCCAUAGUCCAAGUGGCCACCUGGACCUGUUUGUUCGCUUCCUUCAUGGCCUCUGUCUGGAGUCCAACCAGAGAAUCUUAGGAGGUUUGUUGGGUCACACAGAGAACAGUUCAGAAACCAUCCAGAGAAUCAUCAACAACCUGAAGAAGAUGAACAAUGUCUCUCCUGACAGAAGCAUUAACAUUUUCCACUGUCUGAUGGAGAUGAAUGACGACUCAGUCCAUCAGCAGAUCCAAGAGUUCCUAAAGUCAGAGAACAGAUCAGAGAAGAAACUCUCCUUGAUUCAAUGCUCAGCUCUGGCCUACAUGCUGCAGAUGUCAGAGAAGGUUCUGGAUGAGUUGGACCUGAACCAGUACAACACAACAUCAAAUGAGGGACGAUGGAGACUGAUCCCUGCUGUGAGGAACUGCAGGAAGGCUCAACUUUCUGGCUGUGGACUCACAGACACCCACUGUGAAGUUGUGGCCUCAGCUCUGAUGUUUAACCCAUCACAUCUGACACAACUGGACAUGAGCUUCAAUGACCUUCAGGACUCAUCAGUGAAGGUUCUGUGUGCUGGACUGAAGGGUCCUCACUGUCGACUGGAGACUCUGAGAAUGAGUGUGUGUAACCUGUCAGAUAGAAGCUGUGAAGCUCUGUCCUUGGUUCUCAGCUCUCAGUCCUCUAGUCUGAGAGAACUGGACCUGAGUAACAACAACCUGCAGGAUUCAGGAGUGAAUCAACUGUCUGAUGGACUGAAGAGUCCUCACUGUCGACUGGAUACUCUCAGGCUGUCAGGCUGUCUGGUCUCAGGGGAAGGUUGUGUCUCUCUGGCCUCAGCUCUGAGCUUCAACCCCUCCCAUCUAAGACAGCUGGACCUGAGCUACAAUCAUCCAGGAGACUCAGGAGUGAAGCUUCUGUCUGUACUGAAGGAUCCACACCAGAGACUGGACACUCUCAGGGUGGAGCCUGGUGGAGUCCGAUGGUUGACACCAGGCCUGAGCAAGUAUUUCUGUCAACUCACCAUCGACACAAACACAGUGACCAGACAACUACAACUAUCUGACAACAACAAGACGGUGACACGUGUGAAGGAGGAUCAGUCCUAUCCUGAUCAUCCAGACAGAUUUGACUACUGGUUUCAGCUGCUGUGUAGUAAUGGUUUGACUGGUCGCUGUUACUGGGAGGUUGAGUGGAGAGGUGGAGUUGAUGUAUCAGUGAGUUACAGAAGACUUGGAAGGAAAGGAAACAAUCGAGACUAUAUAUUUGGAUACAAUGAAUUGUCCUGGAGUCUUUUCUGCUCUGAUGCGGAUGGUUACUCUGUCAGACAUAAUAACAUAGUAAGAUCCAUCUCCUCCUCUGUGUCUCACAGAGUAUCAGUGUAUGUGGACUGUCCUGCUGGUUCUCUGUCCUUCUACAGAGUCUCCUCUGACAAACUGAUCCACCUUCAUACCUUCAACAACACAUUUACUGAACCUCUUUAUCCUAGCCUUGGGUUAUAUGGGUCUAGUUCCUCAGUGUCUCUUUGUGAUUUGUUGUAGUGAUAGUUUGAUCCUGUCAGAGAAACAUUGUCACUGAACAUAGUUCAUGUGUUCAUGUCUGUCUCAUUCUCAGAUUCAUAUAUUACAGUUUUAUUUGUUAAUUCAUGCACACUCCACAUUCUAAACAGUUAACACACAGGCCUAAAUAGCUGCUCCAAUGUCAAAAUUACAAAUUUUGUUUGCUAAAGGCUUCAAACGUGCCAAAGCGAUGGAAGUAUGCAAUAAACAAUACAUCUUGCAAAUCAGUCAUAACACAGUGGAAAAAUGUGAUACAAAACACAGACCUCGGUGUAAAUCAGUGCAUCAUUGACUCUGUGGACUUGAGAGCAGACAACAUAAACCUUCCUGAACAAGAUCCAGUACUAUCACAAAUUUUUUCAAACAUCCCAUACUUAACAUCACACGCUUUACUCCAUUGUCAGUCCAGAGGUUCGACUUUGUUUUGAAAUGCACCACUAAGAAGGUUUAAGCUUCUGCAUCCAGAAGCAUCCACAAAUGAGGGACGUAUUGCAGGACUACUGUAAGUUCAGGGAUCAGGUCAGUCCUGUGUGGUGAUAACUGUUUAUACACAGACACACACAGGUGCAUUUCUGGAUAUAUAUUUAUCUCAAUAAUGGGACCUGACCCCUAUGUUUCUGAUGAUUUUUAUGCCAUUUUCUAACACUUUCCUCAAAGUACAGGAACAAAUUGGAUGUAGGAUCUGGUCUCCACCUGAAGCUGAACUCAACCAUUCAACAGGAUCCUCAUUUGUCUUAUUACCUGAGUCAUAGGUGACACAAACCAUUUCCCUAAAUCAGACCCAGUGAAUCAGAGUGAACUGUUGGCUACAGGUUCUAGUGAGGCAAGAGUAGAUUGCAUGUUUUGACUGGAACAGCGUCCGGGUGUGGCGGAAUAUGAACAGUCUGUGUUAAAAGAAGCACAACUAUUUGUCAACGGCCAUAAUGAAACAAAGCAGAGAUAGAGAAUAAAGGCUCAGUAGAAACACACUCAGCUGGACCAAUCAGAAGCAGCAAAGACCUGGGUGUCUGGUCAGUGUCUAAACCUCUGCACUGUGUUCAGCUAGUAAUAGGAAUUCUCUACAUUAAACCACCGACUAGUGUUGAUGCUGAAGACAGGAUGUACUUUGGAAGCGCACAGGUUCUGUGCAAUUAUUUACUGACCAAGAAGCCAUCGAUCUGGUACCAGCUUCAAAUCUGAUACAAUGAAUGGAUCAUCGUUAAACCUGACACCUCUAUACAAUGUUGCUAACCGCAACUGCAUUUGUGCGUAACAGAUUGUUUGUACGCAGAUGAAAUAAAAACGUUUCCUGUGA